CCGGUCUUAAUCAUCAUCAUCAGAGAUUGCACACACCUGAGAAACUUUUUUCCUGUAAUGAGUGUGGGAAAUGCUUUACAUGGAAGUCCAAUCUUCAUAUUCACCAAAGAUCACACACAGGUGAGAAGCCUUAUUCCUGUUCUGAGUGUGGAAAAUGUUUUGCUCUAAAAUCAGUUCUGGUCUCACAUCAGAUGUCUCACACAGAGGAAAAGCCGCAUUCCUGUCCUGAGUGCGGUAAAUGUUUUUCACAGAAGUCCAACCUUUACAGACACCAGAGAUCUCACAAGGGGGAAAAGCCCUAUUCCUGUCUUGAGUGCGGAAAAUGUUUUUCAGACAUGUCCUAUUUUCAUAAUCAUCAGAAAUUGCACACAGGUGAGAAUCUGUAUUUCUGUUCUGAGUGCGGAAAAGGUUUUAUACAAAAACAAGAACUUGUCAUACAUCAGAGGUCUCACACGAAGGAAAAGCCGUAUUCCUGUCCUGAGUGUGGGAAAUGUUUUUCACAGAAGCCCGAUCUUUCCAGACAUAAGAAAUAUCACACAGGGGAAAAGCCCUACUCCUGUCCUGAGUGCAGAAAAUGUUUUGCAGAAAAGUGGCAUCUUGGUAGUCAUCAGAGAUUGCACACAGGCGAGAAGCCGUUUUCCUGCUCUGAGUGCGGGAAAUGUUUUGCACAACAAUCAGGACUUGUCUCACAUCAGAGAUCUCACACGGGGGAAAAGCCGUUUCCAUGUCCUGAGUGCGGGAAAUGUUUUUCAGAGAAGUCCAGUCUUUCCAAACAUCAGAGAUCUCACACGGGUGAGAAGCCUUUUUCCUGUUCUGAGUGCGGGAAAUGUUUUUCACAGAAGUCCAGUCUUUCCACACAUCAGAGAUCUCACACGGGGCAGAGGCCUUUUUCCUGUUCUGAGUGCGGAAAAUGUUUUUCACAGAAGUCCAGUCUUUCCAAACAUCAGAGAUCUCACACAGGUGAGAAGCCUUUUUCCUGUUCUGAGUGUGGGAAAUGUUUUUCACAGACGUCCAGUCUUUACAAACAUCAGAAAUUUCACACGGGUGAGAAGCCGUAUUCCUGUCCUGAGUGCGGAAAAUGUUUUUCACAGAAGUCCAGUCUUUCCACACAUCAGAGAUUGCACACGGGGGAGAAGCCUUUUUCCUGUUCUGAGUGCGGGAAAUGUUUUUCAGACAAGUCCCAUCUUUCCAAACAUCAGAGAUCACACACGGGGCAGAGGCCUUUUUCCUGUUCUGAGUGCGGAAAAUGUUUUUCACAGAAGUCCCAUCUUUCCACACAUCAGAGAUCACACACGGGGGAGAAGCCUUUUUCCUGUUCUGAGUGUGGGAAAUGUUUUUCAGACAAGUCCCAUCUUUCCCAACAUCAGAGAUUACACACGGGGGAAAAGCCAUAUUCCUGUUCUGAGUGCGGGAAAUGUUUUUUACAGAAGUCCCAUCUUUCCACACAUCAGAGAUCACACACGGGGGAGAAGCCUUUUUCCUGUUCUGAGUGCGGGAAAUGUUUUAUAGACAAGUCCCAUCUUUCCAAACAUCAGAGAUCACACACGGGGGAAAAGCCUUUUUCCUGUUCUGAGUGCGGGAAAUGUUUUUCAGUGAAGUCCAAUCUUUCCACACAUCAGAGAUUGCACACGGGGGAG